UACGAUCGAUAUUGAGGAAAAUUGUCGGCAAUAAUGACAGUGAAAAGCUCAAUCAUUCGAUAAAUCGGAGUAUAUACAGCCGGUUGGUCGGUUCGUGUAUAUAAAGAGAUUAUAAACGAUAGCGAAGGAUAAUUACAUGACAGCAAUCGAUAACAAUUUGAUGAAGCAACUGGUGUCUGAAGAUAGGAAGUACCGACUGAUUGCUUGAAGACUGGAGGGACCAUUCAAUGAUGGGGAACUCAAUCUCAAACCUAAUGGAGUGAAUCUAAAAAUACUUGAGCGAUGUCUGAAGUGGAACCUGAUUCAGCAUCUCCAGUUCCUGUUACCGUUCCUGUUCCAGCAAUGGUAACGAUUCAACCACCACCGCAAUGUCGAAUGCUACGGUCACCAAGUCAUGAGAGCGUUACGACGGAUUUGUCCUUGUUCAGUGUAUCAAUAGCCAGUGAUAUUAAAGGAGUCAAUCGUCUUGUUCCUUUCAAAUCAUACAGUGAUGCCCAGCUGGCCGGACGUGGCCCAUCACCAAAUCCGGAUGCUCAAGAAAAUCAGAGCAACAGACCAGCGGACAUACCCGAGAUUCUGUGGUUUGAAGAGGAAACCGAACUGAUCCGCAGUUGCGGUGCCCUCUCAUCAGCUCUCGGUCUCCAAAAAAGUUUCAGUACAACGGAUGUAUUUCAAUUAUCAUCUCCAGAUGGAUCUUGUCCACAC